AUGACGAAGGGAGCCGGGAUAGUCAAUACCCAGAGCUCUGGCAACAAGCGCAACUACAAGAGUUUCUCGACCAACAGUCAUAAUCGCACCAUCGUUCAUCAUCACAAUACCAGCAUACAUUUGAGCCCCCUAGAAGCCGCCCAGCUUGCAUCUUUAAGUCAGGCUAUGCGCUCUGUGCUCGACGUAAUGUCCGAGGGGCGUAGUGGAGGUGGCACUCUGGAACCCAACGAUUCAUCGGGCGCUGUUGGCACAUCCACUGAGGAUGAAGACUCCACGUCCGAAUCCAGCCCAAGCUCUUCUCCAGACCGAUUCUCGUUUACACCAGAGACUGAAGAUGAGGCAGAUUCGGUGCCUCAAAUACCAGACGCAUUGGGUUGGGUUCCUUCGGAAUGUGCGAAUCCAACGGUCCUGACAAGUCGAUCGGCCUCAAGCUCAGAAUCCAGCGUCAGCGCACCAAAUCAUCGCCAGGCCCUUAGCGAUUAUCAGGAGAAUUUAAUGUCUCGACGGCCUCGUAAAGCCGUCCGAGGUGUUGACAUAAAGCUUCUCUCCAUCAAGUCUCCUUUGUUUCUUCCGCUGGAUACGCCAGAAUACAUCCGGCAGUACAUGCGCUCAGAUUUUUGGUUCUCGCCCUUCGUAAUCCCGUUGUGGAAGACAUGUCCACAUGACAGCCUGGGCACUGGGAAGAACAUCGAAGUUGGCGACGUCGGAGUGCUCGACUCUCAAGGGGGGUUCAAGACUGAAUUCAACAUCUUCCUGACGGAGGAAGAGAACGCCGGCCUUGGCUUCCGCACUCCACCAGAUUUUCAACCACUGGAUCCGGGGGUCGUCCCGCAAUCGGAAGGUGUUCUUCCUGGGUGGCACCAAACAUCAAGGCAGGAUACCGUGGCUCGGAAGACAGAUUCAUCAGAGCUAAUUUUUACGUCGAAACCGGACAAAGAGCGACGACACAAGUUAUCCGCCAUCUGCCUGCCGCACGGUGCCGAAUGUCAGAACGUCGUACUCGGUGACCUGGGCAUGCCUAUAUUGAAGGAGUACGCAAAGGACUGUGCUAUCUCAUGGUAUAACCAUCUUCACUCAAAGCUCAGGGUAUACGACACCCAUUCGAAGACACCCACACCACUCUCAUGCAAAUCCCUUAUCCUGGUUACGGCGACGUACACCGCACCUUCUUGGGCGGCCGCAACCACCUCCCCUGUAUUCAGGUCGAAGGGGCGCAAGAAGAUCAAGCUGUGCCAGUCGCCCGCGAGCGAAUAUGUCCCUGUGUGGGACCAGGUGUCCGAAUUCUUCACAAAUAGUGGCCCAGGACUCGACGAUCUGGAUGAGACGGGGAAGCCACCGAAUGCUGGGUACUGCGUUGCGAUCUCUGGCGUGGAGAUGCAGUAUGAUGCUAGGUUUUACUGCAGAGACGGUCCUUUUUAUAGCAAUCUGCCACCAGACGAGCCCGAUGAUGACUCUGAGGGCGAAGUAUCUUUUUUCAUGGCUGGCGUUCGGAACUUUUUGGCUGCCUCCAUUUGGUGA